ACUGCUAGCCUGCUAAGCUAGCGAAGCUAACAACUUUUCGUUCAUUAUUGCUGGGGCACUUUUCUUUGUUGCUAGCUAGCGGGUAGCCUGUCUUCACAACAGCAGCAGUGUUGUGUCGUUGUUUAUUGGUUGUUCCCCUCGCAGCCGCUUGUUGUCCCCGAAUCGGACACAAACACAGAAAGGAAGUUGACUGUGUUGUGCUAAAUGAGUUUGUGGUAAAUGACUCGCAGACGCCGGGCAACGUUAGCUAGCAUCAUUUCCCCAAACACAUACAUCAGAUGCGUUGCUAAGCAGUACAGCACAGCCCCAGGAGUGGCUAACAUAUCCAAUAAUAUGCACGCGUGAUCCGUGUUUUGAGCCACACUUCCCGAAACCUCCAGUAAAGGAGAGCCACAGAGGUGGAGAGCCAGAUCAGCUGGUGCUGCAAGACCCGUCCCAGAGUUUGUAUACUUUGAUGCAGGUUUACUCCAGUCUUGUCUCCCUGUCCGACCGUCCAUGAAAUGGUGGUUAUGGUGGUGUUGCUGAUGGAUGCAUGAGGAGAAAGCCCCCUAUGGUAUCUUGGCUGCACCACACAACUUCCACAUGGAUUCCGGCAAUGAUGACGCACUUGAUAUCAUUAUCACUAAUGUGGUGGCGACCUUCAAGACCAGGUGUCACCUCAACUUACGCACCAUUGCCUUAGAGGGAGUCAAUGUCAUCUAUAAGCCAGAAUGUGGGAAAGUCCUGAUGAAGCUUCGUAAGCCCAAGAUAACAGCCUCGAUUUGGUCGUCAGGGAAAUGCAUCUGCACUGGAGCAACAAGUGAGGAUGAUGCGAAACGUGGUGCUCGCAGGUUAGCGCGCUGUAUCCAGAAACUAGGCUUCAAGGUGAGGUUUUCGGCCUUCAAAGUCGUGAACGUGCUGGCAGUUUGCUCCAUGCCCUUUUCAGUCCAGCUCAUAGACUUUACGAAGAACAACCGCCCCAUUGCCAGUUAUGAACCAGAGCUCCAUCCAGCUGCCACAUACAGGAUCAAACAUAUCAAGGCUACUAUUCAAGUGUUCUCCACUGGCAGCAUCACAGUUACAGGACCAAAUGUGCAGAAUGUGGCCACGGCUGUGGAGGAAGUCUACCCACUACUGUUUGAGUGUAAGAAGCCCCUCCGCAAAUAAAGGAAUUGCAUGCCCAACAAGACGGGAGACGUAAGUGAAAGAGAAGACAAGACCGAGGAAGCACCGUAUCUGUGGAGAUUAUUUCCUUGAUUUUUAUGACUACACGGCAACAGCCCAUCCACAAAUGUCUUAAACAUAACCGACGGGUCAUAUUGAAUUACCCGGAACCUCAGCAGCCCCACUUGAAAUCUUAAACUCUCACAAAAAUGUCAGUAGUGUUGUGGAUUCUGUGGCUUUUGUGCUUUUUAACAGUCGACAUGCAAAUGUCUUCCAAUCCAGAGACUGCUCGUCUCCUCUAAAGCGGACUCGCACUGGAGGGUGGUGGAAGUGUUUUGCUCUCGCUCUUUACUUGCUCUGGGUUCUUCUGCAUGGACACAGAAAGACCAACUUUUCUAAAUGCUUUAGUCUCAACUCUUACCCUAUACACAGCAAGAUGUGUCGUCCAAUUUAAUGCUUUUUCAGGAAGAAUCCCGUCCGCAAUUUAUUUGAAGAGGUGUUAACACUAAUACAGGACAUCACUGUAUUAUGCACGUUAAUGCAUGAAGAGAAAACGGCAGUUAUCACCACGGACUGAUGGUGGGGGGGAUGUCCUUUUUAAAGCUGCAUAAUUCUUCUCUAAAUGUGUUUUCAUCUCUGAUUUUAAUUGUUGCACACUUCCUGAUUUUCUUACGUCGUCAGUUCCCUAUUAAUGCGUUCUUACUUCACAACUGUGGCGUUGGAUCACAUUGCACACACAUGUCGAUAUUUUAAUUUCCUGUCAUUUUUAAUAUUUAACUGUUCUUUUAAGAUUAGGUUUGGACAAUGUACAGAAUAAGAUUGAUGUCCUAAGUGUUGGAAGUUGUGAACAGUUUUUUAAAGGGUUUCGAAUAUUUUGUUAUGGAGCCGUAGACCUGCUCUCGCUGAACACAACUUGGGAGUGGUUACCGAGGAAUAAAGUGGCACCGAGAAAAAAAACUUCCAAAAAAAGCUAUGGAAAUUGUCCAGAAUGGUUCAGGACACAGGUCAACAUGGAAAGUCAUCGUGAAAAAAUCUUUUUAAUGUGAUGGCGUCUGCUCUGGUCUGUCAUACAAAGCUCUACAGCAGUUAGAAAUGUCAUCCGUCUGGUUUAAAAACUGCAACAUUGUGUCUGAUUGCUAACAGUGUUUUAAAGAGGAUGUGUUUAUCAUGCUGAUGCCAAACCUUCCAUAGUAUAUCCUCCUUCUAAAUGACCGUGAAACGAAAUUCUUCUCAGUGGAAACUACAGUCGUUGUUGUAACAUGGCUGCCGACACUUGUGCUGACAUCCAUCGAGGUAACAUGCGUGUAUAUAUAUAAUAAUGCGAGUGAUGAGAGAGAUGUUGUGAAAUAUCUUCGACAUGUUGUUUGAAAUAUGUGGGAUGGUGUCUUUUUGAACCAGUGUCAACUGAGGAUUUGUGACACUUGUUCAGAGUUUUGUAUUUUGUAUAAAUUAAUAAAGGUUAAUAAAAAAAAGAAAUCUCUCCUAAGUCCUUAAAUCAUUAUUUUUCCUUAUUAGAGGUUGUAUUCACCAGUCUCAACAGAAUACUCUUUAAUAUGUUUUUUCAAUGUGACAGACUUAAAUACAUCUCUACAUUCAGAAGUACAGAUUAAAAUGUGCAUUAUUCUUUUCUCGCUGCAAGACUUGGUGAUUAACUAAGUUUCCUUUUGGCAUCAAUGACAAAAGUAAAAAAAAACUCGUACCACAACACAACAGAAUAAAUUAUUUAACCUGAUGGUUUCAUUGCAUUUUCUAGUUUGUGAGGAUUCAACAGUAAAC